AUGGUUGCGGACCCUGUUCUGGUGAUGUGGUUGGAAUAUAUGGUAGAGUGGGUGGAGGGUGAUGUCAAGAAUCACCGGUACGGGGUUUCGUCGAGCUGCCGAAGAGAAUGGCCCCAGCUGGAAAGAAAAAGAAGAAGCCGGGGGCAAGGAGCAGCGGCGGCAGUCAGACCACAGCACGCAGCCAAAGUUGGGUUGGUUGAUGGGGGUGUGCGUCGCGAUUUGCACCGUUCCGCGGUGUUCCAAGCCGCUUGA